UGCAAUGUGUAUGUAUUCGUACUUUUGCAUAGAGAGUGAAUCUUGUGCGGCACUAGCGUUUUUACUAGUUUUGUGUCAGUGAUACUGUUCUCUAUUGUGCGUUAAACUGAAUUUAAAUUUACAAACUUAAUCUUUGUCAUGUCUUAUCGAAAGUGGGGAUUUAGAAGGGAAAUCAUCCACGUCGGAAUGGCGGAAUACAUCCCUCACACAGUGAAAGUCCCUAAACGAGGGUCCAACGGCUGGUUUAACAAAUCGAAUGAAGCGGUUCGCAAUGCCAAAAACCAGCACGAUAUAAAAGUUAGGCACAGGGUAAUGUCGCAGCGCAAUGGCAGUCGGGUUCCCUACACUAUGCGGGAGGUAACAUUCAGGCACAAGACCGUAAGACGAGUGCUCUUGUCGUUCGACAUCGACAAAGCUUCUGAUCCGGACUUGAUUCCUGCCAUUGUGCUGAAGAGGUGUGCAGCGGAGCUUGCUCCAAUAUCUUAUGAAUCCGGCACCUUCCCAGAAAACUGUAAACUUACUCAUAUCGACCCUUACAACUACAGGCCUAUAGCUCUGCUUUCUGUUAUAAGUAAGGUGAUGAAGAGGUGCAUAAACCGCGAGCUCCUGGACUACCUCGAACGUCACAGCUUGAUUAGCGACAGGCAGUCGAUCCACAUUCUCCACAACGUCAACGCAGAUGUUCCCCAGGGAUCGGUCUUGGCUCCAACACUGUUUCUCUUACAUAUCAACGACCUCCUUUCCUGCACGAUCAACUCAAUCCACAGCUUCGCUGAUGACAGCAAUCUAUGUGCAGGAAUUCAGACUGAAAAAAGAAGACUAGUGACGACUUCCUCUCUGACAAGAGACCUGGAGGCUAUCACUGCUUGGGGACGCAACAAUCUUAUCAUCGAGGACCUGAUCUGGCGCGAACACAUCUCGUCAAUAGCUGCAGCUGCUGGGAAAAGGCUAGGCUAUAUGUUUAGGGCUAAGAAGUACUUUUCUCCGCAUGACCUUCUCACUCUAUAUAAGGCCCAGAUAAUGCCUAGCCUCGAGUAUUGCUCAAACGUUUGGGGUUCUGCCGCCCCGACUACAUUAUCCAUGCUCGAUGCGGUCCAGAUGAGGGCGGUCCGACUGAUCGAUGACUCUUCUCUAACAGAUAGUCUCGGGACCCUUUCGCACCGGCGGGCCGUCAGAAUUGGCCGAUACGACCGCUUCUUUGACGCUUUUCCCAGUUCUACUAACUUUACUCAGUUCAAAAAUCGUAUUAACAAAAUUUCUUUGGGAUCAUCAUAG